GUGUUCACCCAUCCCCGUUUCCCAUACCUUGGCCCGUAAAAUCGCUCGCAUCUGCUCAUCUUCAGAUCCGCCGCUAUCAUCUGCUAUCACUGCACGUAUCUGCACGCGACUCGUGAAGACAGAAGCGAAGAAAAAGAGGUUAAGACUGUGUUCGGUGCGGAUUUACUUGACGAAGGAGUGCAGAAGACCCGGUCUCUUCGGUGAGCCGGCGUAAGAUUCGAUGCGGCAGCGCGCCAAGUAUCGCCGAAGCCUCAGGUACGCGAUUUCGCUUCCCCGAGGAGGAUUGGAGGAUUUGUCGGGCAUCAUCCCGCCGAGAGUCGUCUUCGGGAAGUCCUGCGCACGAGAGAGCUCCGCCGCGCGCCGCGUGCCUAUACACGCGUGCGCGAGUAGCACUCUCGAGCGGUCAUAACCUUGAAACGGGGCCAUCCUGGGAGCGCGACUCGGAGGGCUCCUGAGCGAAGAAGCGGUGUCGCGGCAUCCCUGAGAGACGCUCAGGCGGUCCCGGGUACCAGGACGCGAGAAAUGCUGGCUAACAACGAGUGAGUUCGACGGCCACCAGGAAGCGCCGACGAGAAGGGCCCCGGCUACAGCGGGAAGAAUCGCGGAGAGGUUAGCUGCGCCCUGAGAAGGAUGCCUUACUGUGGGGGCUCGACUUGGCUCUGAGCAAUGGUUGUCACCGGAAGCAUGGUCCAUCGGCCCGUCGCCCCCAAACGCAGUGUCAGGAUCCUCCUGGUCGGCGACCGUGGCGUUGGCAAAACUUCUCUGAUCCUGUCCCUGGUCAGCGAGGAGUACGCGGAAGAUGUGCCCAGCAAGGCUGAGGAAAUCACCAUCCCUGCUGAUGUUACGCCGGAACAGGUGCCAACGCAUAUCGUCGAUUACUCAGCUGCGGAGCAAACGGAUGAUCAACUUGCCGAGGAAAUCCAGAAAGCGCAUGUGAUUUGUGUCGUGUAUUCGGUGGAGGAUGAAGACACGCUCGACAGAGCGGCAAGCUAUUGGAUGCCGCUUAUUAGGAAGUGCUCCAGUAAUAAUCGGUGCCCUGUGGUGCUUGUGGGGAAUAAGAUCGAUCUCGUUGAUUAUUCUACGAUUGAGGCAGUCUACCCAAUAAUGAAAGAGUUUUCGGAGAUUGAAAGUUGUAUCGAGUGUUCCGCAAAAACGUUGCAAAACAUUUCGGAGAUGUUUUACUACGCACAAAAAGCUGUCUUGCAUCCCACGACGCCGCUUUACAAUUACGAUACCCAAGAGCUCACAGACGAAUGCAAAACUGCACUUCAGAGAAUAUUCAAAAUAUGUGACCUUGACAAUGAUGGUCUAUUAAAUGAUAUGGAGUUAAAUGCUUUUCAACAAUGGUGCUUCAAUACUCCUUUACAACCUCAGGUUCUGGAGGAUGUCAAGGCGGUUCUUUCAAAAAACAUUCAGGAUGGCAUUUGCAAUGGUUGUGUUACAAUGAAAGGUUUUAUGUAUCUUCAGUGUUUGUUCAUACAGCGAGGACGUAAUGAGACUACAUGGGCUGUCCUAAGAAAGUUUGGGUACGACAAUGAAUUGCAGAUGUCGAAGGAAUACAUCCAUCCUCCUUUGAAGGUACCGCUGGGUUGUACAACAGAGCUGUCCCACAAGGGACAAGAGUUUGUAACGUUGCUGUUCAUGCAGCAUGACAGGGAUCGGGAUGGAGCAUUGUCUCCAUCAGAGCUGGAAGCGUUAUUCUCUCGGUGUUUGACGCCACCAUGGGGUGAUGAGUACAAAUACACCGUGCCUACAAACGAGAAGGGGUGGAUUACGUUCCAAGGCUACAUGUGUCAGUGGGCCCUCCUUACCCUGACUAACGUACGCAAAACCCUGGAGUACAUGGCGUAUCUCGGUUACAACAUGUACAACAACGAGUGCCAGACCUGCGCGAUUACCGUGACACGAGAGAAGAAGCUAGACCUAGCGAAGAAGCAAUCGAGCAGGAACGUCUAUACUUGUCACGUAAUCGGCCCGAAGAGCAGCGGAAAAACGACAUUGUGCAGGACCUUCGUCGACCCCAAACUCGAGAAACUGACCGACAAGUCGGUGCCACCGGACUGUCGAGUCACCGUCAACACCGUGCACGUCUACGGUCAGGAGAAAAUGAUUGUGCUCCGGGACAUAAACGUGAUGAACGUUCAAGAUGCCUUAACCCCGGCCCAGAUCCAGUGCGACGCUGCGGCCCUCGUCUAUGACACUAGCAACCCCAAGUCCUUUGAAUACAUUGCACGGAUAUUCAUUAAGUAUUUUGCCGAUAGCAAGAUACCGGUGCUCGUCGUAGCGAACAAGAGUGAUCUGACCGAGGCGAAGCAGGAGUACCUUCUUCAGCCUGUGAGUUUCUGCAGCAAAUACAAACUCAUGCCGCCUCAACCUUACAGUAUAUCUCGGACGGUGCGCCGAGAGAUCUUCGUCAAAUUAGCGACCAUGGCUGCUUUCCCCCGCUUUCAAGCAGCGUGGGUAUUGUUUUACAAGCACAGUCCUUUGAGGCGUAUGGUCCACAUGUUACUUGUCGAACCAUCAUCCACUGAGUGGUGGGACUCGCUCGCAAGGCACAUGAAGCAGUUCGGUCUGAUCCAGGGCGACUCUGUAGUUUGGUGGAAAGCUGGACUGGGCAUCGCAGCUGCCACCGUUGCUGGGUUCGUGGUGAUGCGUGUUCUAAACACCGACAAGAGAUAGUCUAGCGUCCCCAACGCGUCCCUCGUCUCCCUUGUGCCCUUCGUCGAUGAAGAAUAUCUACCUUGUAAGCUCGCGUUAAGUUAAUAAACUCUGUUCAGAAACCGCUCGUGUCGGCCUCCGGGGAGAGACCCGAGGGUCCAUCAGUCUGUCAAAUGAUUGUAAAUUGAACGUUUGAUUGGCUGCGGAUACACGACUACUAUUUAAAUAGGACAACGGAUGAGUUAGUACACACGGUGCAUUUACUUUCUUUAAUCUCGCGUCGAAAGAGCGUCGAGAGGUGACAUAACCUCCGUAACCUCCGAUCACUGUGGAUUGACAGGUCAUAGGAAAUGAUUAUAUUUGAUAUUCAGGGAGCGAAAGGAACUCCGAUGGAACACAGUUGAUUUCCUCGUAUAGAAGCGACCGUGUCGUGUUGGGUAGUUGGAUAUAGGUGUUAGCAGGAAAGGUAGAAGAAAUAAAUAUUUGACAGCUGGGAUCGCAGCCGAUUCAGUCUUGCCUAGGUUAUGUCGAAACACUGUUCCUUGAGAGAUCAUUCUACUUUAUAACUCCGAAAAGAAAAAUCAAACAUUUAUUUAUGUCAUAUUUCGAAGGUUCAGUAUUCAAUAUGUGUGAAGCAAGAAUUGCAGAUUAGCUGUACACUUCUUUUUUUUUACAAUUUUUCACUAUUUAAAUCUUGAAACUUUUACCAUUUAAAUCUUUGCUUUUUCGCUAAUAAUUUCUACAUAUAGUACAGGUAAAAUCUUACAAAGUUAGGUACCAAUCGAUCUGAAAUUUUUAGCUUAGUCUAUGCACGCAUAACUAUUGUCUGAACCAAAAUCAGGAUUUUUUAUUUCCGAUGAGCUGGCUAGGGAAUUCACCUGUGCCUCUUUUUUUGAGGAGUCAUUUAUGCUAUAAAAAACAACGUAUUUUUUUGUUAAAUCAUUAAUAAACUUUGAAUUAUUUAUGAUCAGUUUAA